AUGGAGCUUAGUUUUGUUUUCCUCUCCGCAUGGCAAAUCUAUCCAAUCUGCAUUGAUUUAAGUCCCACGGCGAAGAGGGAAGUAGAGAAUGCUAACACAUUCGAUGCCUAUGGCUGGGGAAAAACGAGGACAGCCAACAUAAGUGCAAUUCUUCAGAGAGUCACACUCGAUCACUACGAUCGCAGUAGGUGCAACAGGAUAGGUCGUUUGCCACUUACCUUAAAUCAGAUUUGUGCUGGGUCCUCGGACAGAGACACCUGUGAUGGCGAUUCUGGCGGUCCGCUAAUCCAAAAAGUUAAUUAUAAUGGCACUCGACAUUUGACGCAGUUUGGAAUUGUAAGCUAUGGUUUAAAAUCAUGCGAAGGACUGGGGGUCUAUACCGAUAUCACAAGCUAUGCUGACUGGAUUGAGGAGAAGAUUGAAGCACUAUAUCCCGAGUAUUCCCGGCAGCCUUCACUCGCUGGCAUCGCCAAUCCGGUCUCCAUUAGACCUCCACCUGAAACAGCUGUUUUCGGUGUCGAGAACUUUGGUCGAGCCCGAUUAUUAACCGUACCAUGCGGAACUUCACUGAGUACGAGAAUUAUGAAUGGUACGAACGCCGAACCGGAGGUUGCUGCUUGGAUGGCCAGAAUACAUUAUGAAUCUCAUUUUAUAUGUGGCGGCACCGUCAUUCACAGACGCUUUGUAUUAACCGCCGCUCAAUGCUUAAAAAACAGACAUGAAGCAACCCUAAUUGUGAAGUUGGGAGCAUACGACAUACGGGGUUCAACUCUGGAGUAUGGUGUCAGCAAGACGAUUAUUCACCAUGAAUUCGACCGAGAAGGAUUAAUUAAUGAUAUUGGCCUCCUGCUACUAUCACGUGAUAUUGAGUUUAGCUUGCAUGUCUAUCCGAUCUGCAUUAUUCUGAAUCCGGAAGUUAAGAGCAAAGUCGAAAGUGCAUACACAUUUGAUGCCUAUGGAUGGGGAAAAACAAAUGAGAGCAAAAUAAGCAACAUCCUUCAGAAAGUCACACUCGAUCGAUACGAUCGCAGUGAGUGCAACAAAUUAUUUGAAAUUUCACUUCCUUCAAGUCAGAUCUGUGUUGGAUCUAAUGUUGGAGGCAGCUGUGAUGGAGAUGGUGGCGGUCCCCUCACAAAAAAGGUAAUUGUAAAUGGGCUUCAACGUCAAACGCAGUUCGGGAUCUUAAGCUUUACAACACGUGCAUGCAGUUUUGUAGGAGUUAAUACCGAUGUCACAUGUUAUGUUGACUGGAUUGUGCGAAAGGUUAGGGGAUUAGAUGAUAUUUUCUCAUAAGAAAUAUUGACAAAUAAAUACAAAAAUAUUGCGAAGUCAAUUUGAGUCCCGAAGUGUUUAAUACUAUUAAGUGAGAGGGAGCAUACGACUGCUUUUAAUGAAACAACAGGUCUCAGUGCAGCGAGCUUGUAACUGAUUCACCCCUUG